CCUUCAAUUUCCUGUGCCCGCCUCCAUGCUGCCCAGCCCCACAGGUCCCAAGUCUGGGGGCGCUCAUUCUAUCACAUCAUCUGUUCUGGUUCAGUGCAUAAGAAUCCAAGACUGAAGAAGCUGAUAUAGUCUUCAACUCUCAGGACCAGAAGCUUUUAUUUCCUCCACAUCUGAGAAGCCUGAUCAUGAAUCUCUUCUUGAUCAUUGCAAUUCUGCUGAUCCAGAAGCCCACAGUAACGGAACAACUUAAGAAAUGCUGGGGAAACUAUGUACAGGGAUACUGCAGGAAAAUCUGCAAGGUCACUGAAAUGCGUGAGGUGCUGUGUGCAAAUGGGAGAUACUGCUGCCUCAACAUCAAGAAACUGGAAGAACGCAAAAAAAUUACAAAGCCACCUCGUCCAAAGCCACCACCAUUCGCAUUAACUCUUCCUCAAGACGGAGAAGCAGCGGAAACGUUCUCAACCCCCAGGAAUAUCACACAUAGAUCAAUUACAAGUUUUCCUUCAUUUAUUUCUCGUUCCCAUACACCAAGGUGGUGAGAGCCUCAUCUUCUACCUUCUGCUUGCUUGAUCACCAGAAUGACU